GAAAACAAGAAAAGUAAGAGACGAUAGUGAUUGGAGUUAUAUGGUUGACAAGUCCACUACUUAAACAUCUAUCUCCCUUGCUUUACAUGGACAUGGUUUGGUCUCUGUAGUAAAUACUAGUACUAUAGCAGAUUCCUGCAAUUAUUGGGAAAGUGGGGACAAGUCAACGGAAGCAAGUCAAGAGAACAUCUCAAGAAUGGAGUGUGUUUUCUUAGCUUUAAAAUGCACAUGCUUCGGAGAGAUGAGGGAAAACUCAAAGAGAGAGAAACCAAUUUAGAGAGAAAUAAAGAAAGUGAGAGAAAUUAAAGAGAGAAGGAGAAGAUGAAGUUGCAAGAGGGUCUGAUGGUGGCUAUUUUCUACCUUGCUUAUACGCAGCUAGUCAAGGGGCAACCUCGCAAGGAUUGCCAAACUAGAUGUGGCGAUGUUGCAGUUGAGUACCCUUUUGGCACUUCUCCAGGUUGUUACUAUCAAGGAGAUGAUAGUUUCAAUCUUACUUGCAACGAGAAAGAGCUCUUCUUUGGCAACAUGCCAGUCAUCAACAUUUCUCUCAGCGGCCAGCUUCGUGUUCGGCUAGUUAGAUCCAAAGUUUGCUACGACAGUCAAGGAAAACAGACUGACUACAUGGACCGGAAGACCUCCCUGGGUAAUCUAACUCUCUCUGAACACAACAAAUUUACUGUAGUAGGUUGUAACAGUUACGCAUUUCUCCGCACAUCUGGAGUUGAAAAAUACUCAACUGGAUGCAUAUCAUUGUGUGAUUCUGUCCCAUCGAAAAAAGGAUCAUGUUCUGGUGAAGGUUGCUGCCAGACCUCUGUCCCUAGAGGGAGCUAUUUUGUCAGAGUAAAACCACAUAGCUUUGACAACCAUACUACUGUGCAUCUGUUUAAUCCUUGCACCUACGCCUUUCUCGUUGAAGAUGGUAAGUUUGAUUUCUAUGCUUUGGAAGAUCUCAACAAUCUCCGGUAUGUUACUACGUUCCCUGUAGUACUAGAUUGGUCUAUUGGAAACGAGACUUGCGAGCAAGUUGUAGGCAGAAACAUAUGUGGUGGGAACAGUACAUGUUUUAAUUCUACUCGUGGAACCGGGUAUAACUGCAAAUGUUUAGAAGGUUUUGAGGGGAAUCCAUACCUUCCAAACGGUUGUCAAGACAUCAAUGAGUGUAUUAGUAAUAGACAUAACUGUUCGGAGCCUAGUACCUGUGAAAAUAUGAGGGGAAGCUUCACUUGUAACUGCCCAUCUGGUUACCGCAAAGAUUCCCCUAAUAGUUGUACUCGUAAAGUCAGGCCUGAAUACUUUAGAUGGACUCAAAUUUUUCUUGGAACCACCAUCGGCUUCUCGGUCAUCCUGCUUGGCAUUAUAUGUGUACAACAGAAAAUUAGACACCAGAAGGACACCGAGCUCCGACAAAAAUUCUUCGAGCAAAACGGUGGUGGCAUGUUGAUAGAGCGAGUCUCAGGAGCAGGGCCAUCAAAUGUUGAUGUCAAAAUCUUCACUGAGGAAGGAAUGAAGGAAGCAACUAAUGGUUAUGAUGAGAGCAGAAUCCUGGGUCAGGGAGGCCAAGGAACAGUCUACAAAGGGAUAUUGCCAGACAAUUCCAUAGUUGCUAUAAAGAAAGCUCGGCUUGGAGACUGUAGCCAAGUAGAGCAGUUCAUCAACGAAGUGCUCGUGCUUUCACAAAUCAACCAUAGGAACGUGGUCAAGCUCUUGGGCUGUUGUCUAGAGACUGAAGUUCCCUUGUUGGUCUAUGAGUUCAUCACCAAUGGCACCCUUUUCGAUCACUUGCACGGUUCCAUGUUUGAUUCUUCGCUUACAUGGGAACACCGUCUGAGGAUAGCAAUAGAAAUCGCUGGAACUCUUGCAUAUCUUCACUCCUCUGCUUCUAUUCCAAUCAUCCACAGAGAUAUCAAGACUGCUAAUAUUCUCCUAGAUGAAAACUUAAUUGCAAAAGUAGCCGACUUUGGUGCUUCAAGGCUGAUACCGAUGGACAAAGAGCAGCUCACAACAAUGGUGCAAGGCACUCUAGGUUACUUAGACCCAGAGUACUACAACACAGGGCUUCUGAACGAAAAGAGCGAUGUUUACAGCUUCGGGGUAGUCCUAAUGGAACUGCUCUCAGGUCAAAAGGCAUUGUGCUUCGAAAGACCACAAUGCUCAAAACAUCUAGUGAGCUGCUUUGCUUCUGCCACAAAAGAGAAUAGGUUGCAUGAGAUUAUUGAUGGGCAAGUGAUGAACGAGGAUAAUCAGAGGGAGAUCCAGGAAGCUGCAAGAAUUGCAAAUAAGUGUACAAGAUUGACGGGAGAAGAAAGGCCAAGGAUGAAAGAAGUAGCUGCAGAGUUAGAGGCCUUGAAAGUCAAAACAACUAAACACAAGUGGUCUGAUCAGUAUCCUGAGACAGGGGAGAUUGAACACUUGCUCGGUGUUCAAAUCUUAUCAACACAAGACGAUACCAGUAGCCGUGGUUAUGACAGCAUCAAGAAUGUAGCAAUAUCGGACAUUGAAGCUGGCCGCUGAUAUUAAUGCUCUUGACAAAUUCACAUGCAUCUCUUUUCUUUAUAUUAAAUGAAAACCACUUCUUUGUUGUACCAUCAAUAAUGCUUUGAGAGAAUUUUUGUACCAUCAAUAAUCAUGUUCAUAUUUCCCUUUA